GCUCGCGCUCGAUUGAUGAGCGCGGUUUUAACGAUUUCUUUAAAAAAAUCGAUACAGAACCGUGUAUAGUGAAAGUGUAUGAUAUUAAAAUUCGUUUCCAUAUCCUUAAGUGCAAGUGAUUUGGUGAAUAUCGGGGCUAUGUCGAGUGAUUUUCGGUUUUAAAUAUUGGAUUUAAAGACUGUAUUUGCUUGCAGAUAUCGGGGAAACAGUAGUAAGAUAAUUGUGAAGUGAGACAAAACAUUUAUGUGUGUGUGAUGUGGUUAUCGUGUGUGAAACCAAUGAAGCGGCGAAGAGUGCGUUUACCUCACCAGUAACUAGUACAAUGUUGGCCGCUUGGAUCCUUACGGGAUGUUUGUGUCUGGCCUCGUCAGAUCUGCAACUCCCCCCGGGAUUCAAUUUGCCUGCGAUCACGCAAGUCGCCCGCAAUUGGUAUGUGAUGUCCUCUGACCCGAUCGGGUCAAUAGUGACCCGGGUCACGAGGGAACGGACCGGGAAGCAGAACGUGACCUUCGGCUUGGAGACCGGUGGACCUCCAACACCUUUUGCGAUUGACCCUCAUACAGGCGUUGUUUUUGUUAAUGACACGCUUGCGGAUAAGGAAAGUAAAUCAUACUCUCUCUGGGUAACGGCCGAUGAUGGCGUGUCACUCCCGCAAAGAACAGAAGUAUUUGCAACCGUCACAGACGCAUCAGGUGCCCGACCAAAAGUACCAAGUCCACCAGCUUUCGCCAUUUCAAAUUACAAUACUGCUAUGACGCUACAACCAAAUUUUCCUUUACCACCUCAAAGCACCACCAAAGCAACAGAAGGAACAGAAAAAGUACCUGAAACAACAGUCAUUACAACUUUAAGUCCACCUAAACCACCUGCAGAUGUUCCGCUACAAGAAACAAACAAAGUUGGCAUUAAACAAAUGAAAAAUAAUACAAAUGAGGAAACACGGCCGAGUAAUGAAGUGCCGUUAACUGUCAUACCAUUAGUUGCAAUUGGUGCUUUAAUAGCGAUCGUAGCUGGUGUUAUAAUAUUUGUCUGGAAAAAGAGGCAUGUAAAAGGAAAGAAAAGUACGAAGGAUGAUAUGAGCAAAGACUCAAGUGGGAUUGUUCUGCAAGAUUCGUCUGGCAACUUGUGGGAUCGCCCACGUGCUUAUUCCAAUCAGUACAAAUCUUGGGACACAGGUCAUUUGCAGAUUUCAGAAGAGACUACAAUAAGCAAAGAAGAUCCCAUAGAUGAGUGGGAGUUUCCUCGUCACCAUCUGAAGAUCUUUAAUAUUGUCGGCGAAGGGGCUUUCGGUCAAGUAUGGCGAGCACAGGCUGUUGAUAUUGAUGGAAAGAAAGGCGAACAAACAGUAGCUGUAAAAACAUUGAAAGGCAACGCCUCGGAGAAGGAAAAAACAGACUUGUUACAGGAAUUAGCUGUCAUGAAGUCGUUGGGGACGCAUCCAAACGUUGUGAGACUUAUUGGAUGUUGCACAGAAAAGGAACCUACGCUAGUGAUUAUGGAAUUCGUCAGCUUGGGUAAGCUACAGCAGUUCUUAAGGGACUCGAGAGCUGAACGUCACUACGGAAAUACUCAUGGAGGGAGCCGGUUCCUCACAUCACGUGAUUUAACACAUUUUGCGUUCCAAGUGGCUCGCGGAAUGGACUUUCUUAGUUCUAAAGGAAUAAUACACAGAGAUUUAGCUGCUCGUAAUGUGCUGAUAACAGAUGAGCGUACAUGUAAAGUUGCUGACUUUGGAUUUGCACGAGAUGUCGCAGGAACGCAUGUAUAUGAACGAAAAAGCGAUGGCCGUCUACCAAUCAGAUGGAUGGCCCCAGAGUCACUGUAUGACGACAUAUUUAGUGUGAAAUCGGAUAUUUGGAGCUUCGGGGUUUUGCUGUGGGAGAUCGUGACCCUCGGUUCAACUCCUUACCCUGGCCUAUCAGCUGGUGACGUCAUGAGAAAGGUUCGCGACGGUCAUCGCCUGGACAAACCGGAACAUUGCCGUCGAGAGCUUUACAACAUUAUGUACUAUUGUUGGGAGGCGGAACCGAGCUCGAGACCGGAAUUCAAAGAAAUCGUAGGAAUGUUAGAGCGAUUGUUGUGCACUGAAAUGGACUAUAUUGAAUUAGAACGAUUCCCUGACCAUUCAUACUACAAUGUACAACAUUUGGAUGGCGAAAAACUGUAAUUAAAUAAUUUACUAACACGUAUUGUUAUUAAAAAUGUACAAGUACUUGCAAAGAUUUUAACAAAAUAUCGUUCUCGAAAAUAACUAGUGUGUACCUAAGUAGCCGUUUAUUUAUCAUGAAUUAUAUCAGUACUUGGCAUAUUAGCGGAGAAUUAUGAUUUUGAAAUAGUAAUAUUUCUACUUAGUUGGUUGAUAAUAUAUUUCUCGUAUUACAAAACUAAUAUUUUCCCUUUCGGAACUUUUCCUGUUUAAUAAAGGAGGUUUCCCUCUCGAAAUCCUUGUUUCUCCAUGCCAAACGGUGUAAGUUUACGAAUAUUAUUUUUCUGUUCUACACUGUGUAGUUAUAUACGGCUGUAUCAUAAAACGUGGAAACCACGUCUUUGUUAACAUGGUUACGUAUUUUCUAUAAAAUAACUGUUACUAUGGCAACAAACAAAACCUCAAUCCAAAUCAAAUCCGAGUUUUAUUAUAAGUGUUUGUAUUGUAAAGUGAGAUUAAUUUGUUCAAUAGAACCAAAAUUUUGAAUGUAAGAAUGAAUUAGGUAUUAAUUUAUUUAAUUUGCUUUUAAUGUGCAAUCUAUAUGUAUGGUUAAGACGUUUAAAUAUGUAAUACUACAAAUUUGAUGUACUGUUGUGGUACUCUAUAACUCUGAUAGCGAUCCAGACUUCAAUAUUAAAUAAAGUUUCUCUCAUAUUGGCUUACAGAAACACACUUACAGGUUCGCUUUAGUUUUAGUUUCAGGUUGUACGUACUUUUCAUUAUAUAAUGAUACUAAGCAACCAAAAUCUAAUAUAAUACUAUAUCGGCAAUUCUUUUAAGAUCUGUAUUAAAGAGAUUUUGUAAUUUAAUAAUAGUUACUAGUCCUUAGGUAAUAAUCAAUUGUAAUAAUAAUAAAUUGUUUUAAGUUUAAAGUUACGCUUCAAUAUUUGGAAUAAACGUUUUGUUUUGUAA